AUGAAGAUUUUCACUCUACUAACCCUUAUUCUGAUGCUGAAGUCCGUUGCUUUCGGUUUGCCACGAGCUGAUUUCGGCAUCGCACCGGAUAUAGCAAACAGUGCGAGAGUUGCCGAACGUGCCACCGCCAUACGCAGUUCGUUCGAUGAGCUGGACAACUUCACCGUCAGCAUCAAGUCCGGUUACGAGCUGCUGAUACUCGUUGCCAAGCUUUUCACCACGAUCGCCACGAAGCUGGCCGAUUCGGGUACGGCAUUCAUGGAUACGAUCGUGACAUUGGCGAACGAUGAUACCGGCCCCAUAGUGGAUGUAUUUGCACGUGUCAACCAAGCCCUGGCAGCACUCAACCAGCUGCUCAACGGUGGCUUGAGUGGGGAGCUAAACACUCUCACCGCAAGGCUUGGCCCGUCACUUAGCAGACAGUUUACGGAUGGGUUCCGGGGUAUCAGUUUAGCGCUGAAGAAUCUGUCAACGGCCCUUGGCAAUUUGCAGGCUGCGCUUGAACAGGCACAGAAAGCAGCUGGCAGUGGACCGGUGACGUCACUCCAAGUAAGAAAAUUCAUUUCCCCCACAUUGGUAAGCCGUGUGCUCACUGCGUUGGAGGAGAUUGGCGCUGGAAUUCCAACGGUUAUGUACGUUAUUAAGAAAACAGUUGGAUAA